AUGGAGAGCUCCAACUUGUGGGCGAGAGUUCUGGUUUGCGCUGCGCUGCUGUUCCUUCUAUGCGGUGCUGAAACUAACGAAUCAAAGAUGGAAGGGGAUUUGGAAACGAGAGCAGUACAGGACUUCUAUCAACAAAAUCCAAAUCUAACGAACGAAAAACGUCUUCUUGGAGCUCUACACGACGUUCUCGAAAAACUGCAGACCAAAAGAAUUUCCCCAUGGGAGAAGAAAUUUGGACAAGUUCCAACUUGCGACAUGGGAGAGCAUUGCGCAGUGAGGAAAGGGGCACGCAUCGGCAAGAUGUGCGACUGUCCGCGCGGGGCGUUCUGCAAUUUCUUUUUGCUGAAGUGCUUGUGA